AGCGAUUGGUACAAUAAUUGCUGUUGCCAGAAGUUGAUAAGUGGCAGUUGUAUAAGCCUGUGUGUUUCACAGUGAGACACGCUCCGAGCUAAAGUCUGUCUGAAAAGAGGAGCGGUUUUCCAAAGAACAGCCAUCCUGUAGGAUAAGAUAAGGAGCCGGGGCAGCCCCAUCGCAGCAGCACCGCCUUCUGUGCGCCUUUGGGCUGCGCCGCUUUAAGGUUAAUAGUUUGGUAACGAGAAAGACUUCGAGCCUUCAUUUUUGGACCCCCGGGAGGGGGAGAAGGAGGCGUGGAGAGGUUUUUUUUUGUUGCUGUUUGGUGAACAAUGAAAGUUCUGCUGCUGAAGGAUCCCAAAGACAAAGAUUCAGGACCAGAUCCAUAUAUUAAAGAAUUAGGGUUAUACGGAUUUGAAACAACUUUGAUUCCUGUUUUGUCAUUUGAAUUUGUAUCUCUUGGAAGCUUAUUUGAAAAGCUCUCUCAUCCAGAAGCUUAUGGAGGCCUAGUCUUUACCAGUCCUAGAGCAUUAGAGGCCAUCAAGAUAUGUUUAAAAGAGAAUAGUAAAAAUGAAGCCUGGUCAAAAUCUCUUAAACAAAGAUGGAAAAACAAACCAGCAUACGUGGUUGGAAAAGCUACAGCUUCUCUAGUGGAAGAAAUUGGCCUUACUCCACAGGGAGAAAAGUCUGGAAAUGCUGAAAAAUUAUCUGAGUAUAUUUGCUCAAGAGAGAAACCUAAUUCCUCAGCUCUUCUUUUUCCUUGUGGAGCCCUGAAAAGAGAACUACUUCCUACAGUACUUGGAGAAAAAGGUAUACCUUUGGAAAGCCUUACUGUUUAUCAAACAACUCAACAUGCUGACCUGCAGGAAUCUUUGAGCAGUUAUUUCUCGCAACAGGGAAUUCCAGCAAGCAUCGUGUUCUUCAGUCCUUCUGGUGUGAAAUUUUGCCUGCAGCACAUUCAGAAGCUUUCAGGGGAUUUUAUCAGCCGUAUCAAGUUUGCUGCUAUCGGUCCAACAACUGCUGAAGCCAUGGAAGCGGCAGGAAUCCAAGUUAGCUGCACUGCACAGAGUCCAACUCCCCAAGACCUCGCCACUGGGAUCCAAAAAGCACUUCAGCUACAGAACUGCUGUUUAUCUAAAUAAGGACCCAGCAUGCAUUUGAAAGCAAAUAUGGUGCUGUAGGUGUUUUAUCCAUUUUGCAGACCUGUUGUCUUGCAAGGAAGUAUUUUUCAGGAAUGUGCAACGUUAUCCUUGUUGCGGCCUGGUGUGAGUAGUUGCAUCUGAAAAUCUAAGAAAUCUGGAAUUUGUCCAGCAUAUUUGAAAGUAUCCAGCUAUUCCCCUUUGCUCAUGUGUGCAGUGUAAAUAUUCUAUGUGAGUGUUCCUUGAAAAGUAGUUGUGAGAGGCCAGUCUGUGUUGGAGUAGUGUACUGAAAUAAGCUCAGCGUAUCAUCUCAGGUAUCUCCUAGCACACAGGUAAGAUUUUCAUUUCUCUGUACAGUCAGUUUUACAUGCAUAUAUUUUUCUUUUGUAAAAUAAAAGCUGACUUACAAGGAAGUAUUUUCUGUUGUAAAGCUUACUUGGUUAUGGUUCUGCUUUUCAAAUACUUAGAUUGAAAUGAGUGUAGAUUCUCACUGGAAUAUGACAGUUCUUGAAGUUGCAGUUACAGAGUCUUAAAAAUUAGGCUUUGGUUUCUAUUCCUGUAAAGAAGGAAGAUUUAUUAACAGAGAAAUAAACUGGCUUAUAAUCACUAAUAAUGGUGGUAGAGU